UUUCAUGGCUACAAGGACUUGUAGUUGAUCCCUCUUCCAUUUCCAAUAGCAUUUCCCGGUAAAGCCAUGGCGGAAGAGACGACUACUCGCAGCUUGGGUACGGUCAAGGCCACCCUAACGGCAUACCAGACGCUGAACAACAUUGGCAAGAAUCCACUCAACGACGACGGAACGGUUGGUGGCGAAGAGUCGGACAGUCUCGUCACCCGACCGCAUCUCGGCAUUGUCGGAAGCGUCGCCGUGGCGGGGUUACUCGCAGCGAUUGCCAGUUUUGUCCUCGUGACGGCGCAUUUGGUAGAUUUAGCCUCCGUCACGCUCAUGCUCAUCGCCCCGCUCGUCGUCGUACAAAAGCACAUGCUUCGCAAGCUGGGAGGAAUGCGAGGAUUACAAAAUUCCCUGAGACAGAGCGCUAAUCGUUUCAUGCAGCAAAACUUGACUCUCCACAUGUCUGUCAGUAAGCUUUCGCACAAUGUCGAAAGCCUCUCUAAAGUUGAAGGGAAACUCCAGGGUAUUGCCGAAAAGUCUGGCACAAAGGUCGACCAUCUGUUUGACACGGUUAAGGAGAACGGUGAAAUUCAGAAACAUAUAAAAAAAGCUUUGGAAACGAAGGUUAUGCAGCAGAUAAUGACGGCUUGUCUUCAAGUCGACCGCGAUCGCAAUUUCACUCUCGGGCCGCAAGAAGUUAAGAUCCUCGAGAUGCGUUUGAGCAACAUCCCUGGUGUCAUUUUUGAUAAGACCCGGUUCGACGCAUUUUUGCAAUCCGACCAGGGGGAACUGGCAUUGUCCGACGUUUGUGGUAUCGCCCGUGUAUUGCGGGACAACUCUGUCCCGGAAGCGCAACGGAUUUUUCGGUUCGCUCCCCAAAAGGUGCUCCAGCAGGGGAAAGCCUCGUCGCCGCGGAGGGGGCUAUUUGGUAUGGGCAGUGCCAGACACGAUCUGGUGCCUUAGUCGAGCCCACCCGUGGGCAUCAGCAUCGUGCUUGGACCAUACCAUGACAAUUGAGCGGCUCAGCAUGCUAUAACUAUCUAUUUAAAGAGGCGAUGAAUGAUUGUUCUGUCCCUCUCGUAUGGUUGUGGAUGAUUUAAAAGCUCAUCUCAUUUCGAUGGUUCAAGGGACACAAACUAGUUAACUCUUGUUCGAGGGACUCGCAUUUUCCGAUCCUAUUGCAUAGCAUUAGUAAGAAUAGAGUGAUCUACUUAUCUCU